GAUCUCAUCAACGGAGCACCAAUUCCCGAUCACCCAACUCCCUUGAUAUUCCAGGACCAGCACGGCCAGCCAAGAUGGACCGUCUCGAUUCCUCCAUCUUUUGGCUUCCCUCUCGAGCAACAUGAAUACAGUCGAAUCUGUUCGACCAGCGAGGGGGUCAGGAAAAGCGUCGACGCCAUGACUAGCCGGCCGUCAAGAAUUCAAGGCAAAAGCAGACCCCACUUCUGGAAACGCCCUUACUACGCCGCAGACACGACGUUCAUGUCAGUCGACGAAGCUGAAGCCCUCAACCUGUUGCCCGCCAUGGAUGAAGGACAAAAGCACAUCUCUGUUGUUGGCCAUCCGAACACAAGCAGUUCUGAUCUUCCUACCUGCCAGAGCAGCUUGACCUUCGUCAUGGAAACCACCGAGGCCGGCUUUGGCAACACGCUCCUCGCCCUCUGGCUCAGUUACGGCAUGGCCAAGAAGGAAGGCCGCACUUUCUUCAUCGACGAUUCAAAGUGGUCGUACGGAAGAUACACCACAUACUUCAAACAGCCUCCCCCAUCGGCUUGUGCACCUCCGCCAGCCAACCAAGUGCUUCCGUGCCCUCAUAGCGCUCGCCAUUUGGUUGUCUCUGCAGCCACCUUGCCUUGGACUUUCGGAACUGCCUUCAAAACCGAGUAUCAGCAAUCACUUAAGCAUGGGUUCAAGAGGAAUCGCCCGAUCUACGACCUAGUCCGACAAGGCUAUCAAGACUUGUUCCAUCUGCAGGGAGAGGACGCACCGUUCUUGGCGCACAAGUUGACCGUGAUGCGUGCCGCUGCUUCCGCCUCUCAGACGCCACUUGUUGGCAUGCAUAUUCGUCGUGGAGACCUGCAUCCCUUUGAGGUCGAGUACAGCCAUGAUUACCUCCCAUUCGAACGUUACACGUCUGCAGCCAGCGAGCUUUUUGCUGCUUUCUCACCAAACAAAUCCUCUCCGGAACCAACUGCCUUACUUCUUGCCUCGGAUGAUCCAGACAUUCUUUCGUCGCAAGAUCUAUUAAACACACUUCCUUCGCAUCUCACAGUGUCACGCCCCCAGGAACGUAUCGUUCUUGCUAGUAAGAAGACACUAGAACCUGCGAAGCCCAUCCGCAAGCCGGGAUCCGCAUACGUCAAACAUGUCGACGAGAACUCUGGAUGGGAAGGAGGAUUCUAUGCUUCCUUGUUCUUCUCUCUCGGCCGGGGCCAUCCUUCUGCGUCCGACAAGGGAAUGGGCGAGGAUAUGCAAAUGGCAGUCCUGAAACUGAGAGAGCUGGUUGGGCGUGCCUACCUCUUGGAUCUAGCGGUCGUGGGGCAUGCAGAUGCAGCAGUCUGCGGCAGCUCCAGUGCGGCCUGUCGCAUCAUUGGAGUUAUGAUGGGCGCCGACAAGGUGUACAACGGACAGUGGAAGAAUGUGGACACGAGCCGUGUAUGG